UCUCCCAACAUGAGGUUCCUUGUCCUAACUUGUGCACUCGUUGCAACAACGUCUGCAGCUCUCCAGGGAUACAAUCUGCAAAGACCAACUGGUUCUACACUAUCUACUGGCCCUGGACAAGCAACGGGAAGUGGAUUUUCUGUGGGAGUCAGCGGUGGACAUGGAAUUGGGAUUACUGGUGGAAGUGGACAUGGAGUCGGAGUUGGGAUUACCGGUGGAAGUGGACAUGGAGUCGGAGGUGGUAUUUCAACAAGUGCUGGGCAUGGCGUGGGAGGUGGUUUCUCCUCUGGAUUUGGUCAAGGCACAGGAACCGGAAUUUCCGUAACAGGAAGUGAGGGUGCUGCAAUUCUGGAACCAUGUGGAGAAGGACAAAUUCGACAUGUAGACGGUUCUUGCGUUACACCAGUCGUGAACAGGAAGGUAUUCGUCUUCGAUGUUCCUGAACAAAAAGGACCCAUUGGUCCUCCACCAAGCGUUCCUCCUCCAAGAGUUGAUCAUAACAUUCUCUUCGUGCGACUUCCCGAAGAAGGAGAAGGACCUGAACCCAUCGUUAUUCCCCCACCAAGACAGGAGAACAUCGUCUAUGUACUCAACAAGAAGGACGAACAGGCUCAGCGUGUCAUCGAAGUACCAGCCCAUCCUCCAUCUGAUCCUGAAAUCUACUUCGUCAAUUAUGAAGAGGGUGAGAACCCAACUCUACCCAUUGGUGUGGAUCUCAACACUGCUCUUGGUUCCGCUGCUGAAGCUGGUGGACAAGUAAUUGGCAUCGCUGGAGGUGAUAGCAGUGAAGGCAGUGGAUUUGGAGGAGUUGGUGGAGUAGUAGGAGGCAGUGGAUUUGGAACAGUUAACGGAGGAUUGGGUGGAGCUGGUGCAGGCAGCGGCUUUGGAACUGUUAGCGGAGGAUUGGGUGGAGCUGGUGCAGGCAGUGGAUUUGGAACUGUUAGUGGAGGAUUGGGUGGAGCUGGUGCAGGCAGUGGAUUUGGAGCUGUAAGCGGAGGUGUAGGAAGCUCUCCUGGAUUAUAUUCCACUCCCUAAUUGACCUGUAUUACCGUUUGUAUUUAAAUUAUGUGCAAGGAAUAAAGAUGUAUUUUAUUUCUUAAUAUAAGAUAAUUUUCAA